GCACUAGCAAAUCAAAAUCACAAGAUCCAUCAUGGGGUCGUGUAGCUCUACUUCGUAACAGAACCGUGUUUGGAUUUUGUGGGGGACCUAAUCUGGAGACAUGGCUGCAGAAACCAUCGCACCUGACUGGGAGUUUGACCGUUUUGACGACGGUUCCCAGAAAAUACACACAGAGGUUCAACUGAAGAACUACAGUAAAUUUCUGGAAGAGUACACCUCCCAGCUGAAGGGCAUUGAAGAGGCUCUGGAUGACUCUAUAGGAGAUGUGUGGGACUUCACUCUGGACCCCAUCGCUCUAAAGCUUUUCCCACUUGAGCAGACUUCAUUAUUGGAGUUAAUUAAAACAGACAACAAGGUUCUGAACAAAGUUAUUACGGUUUAUGCUGCUCUUUGUAGUGAAGUGAAGAAGCUCAAAUAUGAGGCAGAAACCAAGUUUUACAAUGGAUUAUUGUUCUAUGGAGAGGGAGUGUGUGAAACCAGUGUUGUUGAAGGCGAGUCACAGAUUCAAAUGGGCAGAUUUAUUUCAUUCCUACAGGAUCUGUCCUGCUUUGUUUCCAGAUGUUAUGAAGUGGUGGUCAGCAUCAUUCAUCAACUGGCUGCCCUGUACAACAGCAGCAAGGGUGCAACAAAAAUCAUUGAAUCGUCUGGUGUCCAUUUCCAGGUGGUGUAUGAGCACUUGGGGGAGCUGUUGGUGGUACUGAUUACGCUCGAUAAGAUUAUGGAAAAUCACAUUACUCUAAAAGAUCACUGGAAGAUGUAUAAAAGGUUAUUAAAGUCUGUUCAUCACAACCCUGGAAAGUUUUCCAUUCCUGAAGAAAAGCUGAAACCAUUUGAGAAGCUCCUGCUGAAGUUGGAGGGGCAGCUGCUGGAUGGCAUGAUAAUGCAGGCCUGUGUGGAGCAGAGAUUUGAUGACCCAACCGAGGGGGUAGCUGUCUCCAAAAACAGUGCCUUUGCCGAGGAGUUCGCUUUCAACAUUCGCUCCAUAUUCACAAGUGUGGAGUCCAAAAUUGGUGAACCUUCCGAAAUUGACCAGAGAGAUAAGUACGCUGCGGUCUGUGGUCUGUUUGUCCUACAUUUUCACAUUUUCAGAAGCGUCGACAAAAAACUCUACAAGGCGUUGCUAGAUAUCUGCAAAAAGGUUCCUGCUGUCACUCUAAUCGCAAAUAUCAUCUGGUUUCCCGACGCCUUCCUCACCGAUAAAGUCCCGUCUGCUGCCAAACAGAUUGACAAGAAGAGUCUCCAGACGAUAAAAGGCCACAGAGACACCUACCUUCAGCAAAGGGCUCAGACAUUAACAAAGGAUGUCCAAUCCUACUAUGUUUUUGUAACUUCCUGGAUGAUGAAGAUGGAGUCUAUCCUUUCCAAGGAGCAUAAAAGUGACAAGUUGGCAGAGGACCUCAACAGCAGAUGUAAUGUGUUUGUACAGGGCAUCCUGUACGCUUACAGUAUCAGCACCAUCAUCAAGACCACCAUGAACAUGUACAUGUCAAUGCAGCGGCCCAUGACCAAGACGUCUGUUAAAGCGCUUUGUCGACUGGUUGAGUUGCUGAAGGCUGUGGAGCACACCUUUCACAGGAGGUCUAUGGUUGUGGCCGAUUCUGUUUCACACAUCACUCUGCAGCUCCAGUCUCAGGCCCUCAACGCUAUAAACACUGCCAAGAAAAGGGUGAUCUCCGAUAAGAAGUACAGCGAGCAGCGGUUGGAUGUCCUCUCUUCUCUGGUGCUUGCAGAAAACGCUCUGAGCGGGCCGAGCACCAAGGAGCGACGCCUGGUUGUGUCUCUGGCUCUGUGUGUCGGGACUCAGCUGAAAACCUUCAAAGAUGAGGAGCUGCUUCCGCUUCAGGUUGUACUGAAAAAGCUGGAUUUGAUCAGUGAGCUUAGUGAAAGGGUCAGGCUCCAGUGUGACUGUAGCUUCCUUUACUGGCACCGAGCUGUCUUCCCCAUCUACCUAGAUGACGUGUAUGACAACGCUGUAGAUGCUGCACGGAUACAUUACAUGUUUAGUGCUCUAAGAGACAGUGUGCCAUGCAUGCUCCAUGCUAAACACUUGGAGUCAUGUGACCAGCUGCUGGAGUGCUUCGACAAGGAGAUCAUGGAUGUGUUCACUGAGCACCUCCUCGAUAAGCUGUGUAAGGAGAUUGAGAACGACCUACGUCUGUCUGUCCACACCCACCUGAAGCUGGACGACAGGAACCCUUUUAAAGUUGGCAUGAAGGACUUGGCCCACUUCUUCUCCGUCAAACCCAUCCGAUUCUUCAAUCGUUUCAUUCACAUCAAAGCCUACGUAACGCACUACCUGGAUAAAACCUUCUACAACCUGACCACUGUUGCUCUGCAUGACUGGGCCACCUACAGUGAGAUGAGAAACCUGGCGACGCAGCGCUACGGGCUCACGAUGGCAGAGGCGCACCUACCCAGCCAGACGCUGGAGCAGGGUUUGGAUGUUCUAGAGAUCAUGAGAAACAUUCACGUGUUUGUCUCGCGCUACCUCUACAACCUAAACAACCAGAUCUUCGUAGAAAAGGCAAGCAACAACAAGCACCUCAACACCAUCAACAUCCGUCACGUCGCAAACUCCAUCCGGACACACGGCACCGGCAUUAUGAACACCACGGUCAAUUUUACCUUCCAGUUCCUGCGGAAGAAGUUCUACAUCUUCAGUCAGUUUAUGUACGACGAACACAUCAAGUCCAGACUCAUUAAGGACAUACGCUUCUACAGGGAAAUAAAGGAUCAGUCUGACCAUAAGUACCCUUUUGAGCGUGCAGAGAAGUUUAACCGUGGCAUCAGAAAGCUCGGCCUCACUCCGGAUGGCCAGAGCUACCUGGAUCAGUUCAGACAGCUCAUCAGCCAGAUCGGCAACGCCAUGGGCUACGUGCGUAUGAUCCGUUCUGGAGGCCUUCACUGUUGUAGCAGCGCAAUCAGAUUUGUACCAGACCUGGAAGAUAUAGUCAACUUUGAAGAGUUGGUUAAAGAGGAAGGACUGUCUGAGGAAACCCAGAGAUCUGCCAGCGUCCUGGAUGCGGUGUUGAGCGAUCUGACCAGCAACUCUGCCGAGGGGACGGAGUACUUCAAGAUGCUGGUGGCCGUGUUUGCUCCUGAGUUUCGUAGUGCAAAGAAUAUGCACCUGAGGAACUUCUACAUGAUUGUUCCGCCUCUGACCGUGAAUUUUGUGGAGCACUCAAUCAGUUGUAAAGAAAAACUCAACAAGAAGAACAAAACUGGGGCUGCCUUCACAGACGACGGCUUUGCAAUGGGUGUUGCGUACAUUCUCAAGCUGCUGGACCAGUACCUGGAGUUUGACUCUCUGCACUGGUUCCAAGCGGUCCGAGAUAAGUACAGGAAAGAGCUGAGCGCGGUGGCGAAGGAGCAGACCGUGCAGUCCGCCGGCCAGGAUGAGAAGUUGCUUCAGACUAUGAAUCUGACCCAGAAGAGGCUGGAUGUCUACUUGCAGGAGUUCGAGCUGCUUUACUUCUCAUUAAGCAGCGCAAGGAUCUUCUUCAGAGCUGACCAAACAGCAGCUGAGGAAACCCAGGAGAAGAAAGAAGAAGCUGGGAAAGCAGGAACGUCGUCAGAAGGCUCCACACCUGCUGAGUCGUCGUCAAAGUGAGAUCAGAGGGUUGUUUUAUUACUCCGAGAGCUCUGUGGAGGAAGGAUCCCGAAGAAAGAAGCUCAAGUGGACCCCACUGAUCUCAGUUUUUGUAGUUUGUGGAUAAAAGACUGAAAAUUUCACAAAACAAUGGAUGGUUUUAUAUCACACAGUAAUCCUAAAGACUGUGUACUUUAAGUGCUAAUACAGGAAGUCUCUCUUCACAUUUCUGUUUUUUGUUUUGCUCGUUUUACAUCCAGUAAGUUUAGUUUGUUGCAUUCACACAAGCGCCUGCUACUUGAACUAAUUUGAGGCAAAAACUGCUGUUUUUCGUGUCUCACCCUCAGCAGACUGGUGCAGAAAUAUCUGCAGAAGUCGGAGACAAGGAUUUGAUAAUUCAUUCCAAGGGUUUUGUUUCUUCGAGCAUUUUAUAGUUUGGAUGAAUCGUAUGUGCCUUCACAAAUUUGGGGUGGUCAUUUUGAUAAUCUAUUUACAAAAGGUAGACUAAUUCCCAAACUCCAGGCUUUUUGUAAAUUGUAAAGGUUCAUUAGGUUUGGUUUUUAUCAUCUGGAUGUUCCUGAAAUUGUCAGAAAUCACACUGGUGGCUUCUAGUUUCAGAUGACUUCACUACUUCACUUGGAAAAACUCAGAUCAGCUGUUUUGCGAUCUACAAUACUUUGAUUCUUAUGGAACAAUAUACUGAAUCAUAUAUAUAUAUAUAUAUAUAUAUAUAUAUAUAUAUAUAUAUAUAUAUAUAUAUAUAUAUAAUGAAUGUUUUUGUUUGCUCUGUUAACCUGAGUUCAGUUUUUUAAGCUUUAAUCUUACGGUACCAAUAAGUCAAAAAACAAAAACAAAUUGCCAGUUCUGAAAUUCUUUUUUGCUAGAGAUACAUUCAUUUAACAAAAACAAGUUUUUGUUUUUAAAAAAUGAAGGAUGCUCCUUUCUGCAAAAACAAUUUGAAUUUGUUUCUAGUGAUACAAGAUGUCCACAAACUCAAAAUAUUCAACGUUUCUUACUUCUCUACUUUUCCAGACUGUUGAAAUGUGCAAUAGGUUUAUUUUAUCCCUGCCAUUUUUACAUUAUUUCUAUCAUAUGCAUGUGGUGCACAUGAAGUGGCAAUCCCAUAAAAUCAUUUUAUUGUUUAGAGCUUUGUGCUAAAGGUUUUCAGAAUGAAUGCGUCCCCAAUCAGGUCUGAAAGCCCAGGUUCAGCUGAUGUUCAUCUAGGAUGUGUAAAGUUUAAACUGUCACAAUAAAUAUAAAACAAUGUG